AUGCUUACUCGAUUCCACAUCCGUUUCGUGCAGAAGCUAACUCAGUCAGUCGGCCAGAGGGAGGUUGGUUCAGGCCUUCACGUGGCCUAUCAGUGGUGCAAGAUACUGGAUCAUUUCGACGAGAUUCUGCAGCAGGGGACGAGAGACGAGAAAUUCCUCGUCAUGGGAACCCCACAGUACCGUCGAGAGCAUGUUCUGGCAGAGAUACUAAAAGACUGUGAUACGUAUUUCGCUAAAGUAGAACGUGGUGAAAUUGCUGGAGAGGAAGAGAAGGUGGACAACUUCGACCAACAUGGGCCAGUCGCAGAGGACACAGGUCCCCCGCCAGAGAUUGAUGCGGAAAUAGUCGCUGUGGGUGCGCUGAUUGCUGACGGCGGUCGAAUUGGUCUGGCCAACGAGCGUCAGAGCGUCACGGAUGUGGAGCGUCAGCUGAUGGAUACAGAGGAACCACCCGUUCAGAGGGAGAGUGCGCGCGAAAUCUUGCGUGGAAUGAGGGAGACGCAGCAGAGGGCAGCAAAGGAGGCCAUCCAGCAGAGGGGGGAGAAGGAGAUGAUAGAGGAUCAGAUGAUGGAGAAUGAUCAACAGGAACAGUGUCAGGGUUUGGAAGACGGGCAGGGGAGUCUGAAUGUCAGAAGCGAGGCACGAACAAAGAAGAUGUAUGAUCUGGGGCGGGAGGCACGCGAGAGGGUGGAGGCGAAUGAGAGGGAGGAACAGAGGCGUUUGGACCGGGAAAUAGAGGAGAAGCGUCCUCGGGAGGAGGAAGAUCAGGAGAGGGAGGAAGAGAGGAAGCUGGAGCGCGAAAAGGGGGAGAAGCGGCAUGAGGAAGAGCGGCAAAGGGAGGAUGAUAGGAAGGCGGAGCGCGAAAAUCUGGGGAAGCGGCAAAGGGAGGAGGAAGAGCGGAAGGAGGAGGAGAAGAAGGUGGAGCGCGAAAAGGAGGAGAAGCGGCAGCGGGAGGAGCAAGCGCAAAAGACGGAGGAGGAACAGGUUGAGCGCGAAAAAGAGGAGAAGCGGCAGAGGGAGGAGGAAGCGCGGAAGCGGGAGGAGGAACAGGUUGAGCACGAAAAAAAGGAGAGGUGGCAGAAGGAGGUGGAAGAGCGGCAUAGGGAGGGUGAGAGAAAGGCGGAGCGCGAAAAGGAGGAGAAGCGACAGAGGGAGGAGGAUGAGCGGAAGGAGGAGGAAAAGAAGCUGGAGCGCGAAAAGGAGGAGAAGCGGCAGCGCGAGGAGGAAGAGCAUAAGAGGGAGGAGGAAAAGAAGGCGGAGCGCGAAAAGGAGAAGCGGCAGAGGGAGGAGGAAGCGCGGAAGACGAAGGAGGAACAGGUUGAGCGCAAAAAAGAGGAGAAGCGGCAGAGGGAGGAGGAAGCGCGGAAGAGGGAGGAGGAACAUGUUGAGCGCGAAAAAGAGGAGAGGUUGCAGAGGGAGGUGGAAGAGCGACAGAGGGAGGAUGAGAGAAAGGCGGAGCGCGAAAAGGAGGAGAAGCGACAGAGGGAGGAGGAUCAGCGUAAGGAGGAGGAAAAGAAGCUGGAGCGCGAAAAGGAGGAGAAGCGGCAGCGCGAGGCGGAAGAGCAUAAGAGGGAGGAGGAAAAGAAGGUGGAGCGCGAAAAGGAGGAGAAGCGGCUGAGGGAGGAGCAAGCGCGGAAGACGGAGGAGGAACAGGCUGAGCGCGAAAAAGAGGAGAAGCGGCAGAGGGAGGAGGAAGCGCGGAAGGAGGAAAAGCGGCAGCGGGAGGAGGAAGAGCAGAAGAGGGAGGAGGAGAAAAAGGUGGAGCGCGAAAAGGAGGAGAAGCGGCAGAGGGAGGAGGAAGCGCGGAAGAGGGAGGAGGAACAGGUUGAGCGCGAAAAAGAGGAGAAGCAGCAGAGGGAGGAGGAAGCGCGGAAGAGGGAGGAGGAUCAGAUAGAGCGCGAAAAAGAGGAGAGGUGGCAGAGGGAGGUGGAAGAGCGACAGAGGGUUUAUGAGAGAAAGGCGGAGCGCAAAAAGGAGGAGAAUCUUCUCUGGAUUGUCUUCGUUGUACUUAUCGACCUGAGAUGA